GAAUUGCCAACACUAGAUCACCAACUAUGGCCUUCCUCAAAAAAGUCAAAACUAGUCAGCAGCUGAUAUCCCAAACGACAAAGAUCGGUGCGCAAGCAUGCAUCAUGAAAAAAACAAUAGAGAGGGAGUCUUCACAGGGUGCGAGAGAAGAAUCCUCGAAUAAACCCAGCACUAGGCGAGCGCGGCGGCCCUGAGAUGAGAUGAGUGGCGCUCACGGCUCGCCAACUCACGGUCCAUGGAGGCAAAAAAAGCAAGCGAGGGCGCCAUCAAAUCGCCAGCGGCCAGCUAGACCACCGGGGCAAAAAAAUCUCGCCGGAACGCAACAACCAACUGGCCCAGCAGGCGUCUGGUGUCCCGCGGACCGCACCAACGGUGGGCAGCGCUCCCGUGCCGCGGGCCCGCGCGCGUCGCGACGCCCUGCCACGCCGGGCCGCGGGCGCUCCCAGCCGUGAAAACGCGUAUCGCGCCACCACCGGGGACCCCUCCCGCGCCGGGACGAGAGAGCUGAUCGACGGUCGCUAGAGGAGAGAGGAGGUCGACAGACGACAGGGGACGGCGCGCGUCAGGUGGUGGGGCUGACCGCUGACGGGGACACGCGGGGGUGCGCGCGUCGUCCGUUCGAUCGAUCUGUCGUCGGCCCGGCCGUUCGGCGAGAUAGCCAGGCCAGAGCUUGCCUUGCCGCCGGCGGUGAAACGGCGACAGCUUGGCUAGAGAACACGAGGCACCGCGUUUUGAUCGCGCCUCUCGUCCCCGGGCAAUCGCUGUUGACGAGUAUGGCCGGCAGGCCGCGGCACGCGAGGGCCGUCCAGUUUCCGGAGGUAAGGAGGGAGCUUCCUACUCUUGUAGGCAUCGUCCUUUUCCUUUGAAAAUCUGUUGUAUACGUUUCCUUCUUUUUCCCUUCAAACGACUGGUUUAUUUACACAUACAUUUCAGGCUCCGCAUUUUAGACAUCAAGGAAAAGUAUCUUUUGGAGUAUCUCCAACAAUGCCUUAAACUAAAAUAUGAUACUAAAAACUACUCCAACAGUGCAUCAUUUUAUAAAAUUUGGUUAAAAUUUUAUAGGGCGUUCUCUCAAGUAACUCAAAUAUACUACACCGCAGUGAUCUGUCCUAUAAUCUAGAUGUGAGGUUUUAAUAUUGAAACUGAAUGUUUUGUUGGUGACCUAAAUUCUAUAAAAUAUACUCAUUUUAAAUUAUAGAGCACUUUUAUAGGUCAUUUUGUUAGAGAUGAUCUUAUACAUUGUGUUUAACCGCAGCAAUCGGCUGUGGAUUUAUUUGUUUUUAGAUUUGGGCAAUAUGUUUGUAUAGACUUCGUUUUAUUGUUGAAUUAUUCAAAGCUAGCUAGAGCAACUGAUCAUAUACUCGUAUGAGUCUAACACAUGUUCAUGCCCUACAAAGGAAGAAAGUCUAACACAUGUUCAUGUUCAGAAUUGAGAGAAAAAAAGAAACUUUUAGCUACAGUACAACUUACAAGUCUUGCAGGAACACAGGAUGCAGCCUACAUUACAUAUACGUCUCUCUUGGUCACAAGACGGCAUCCUGUGAUGAGAAUAUUUCCAGGAAGAUUCUUUUGUCAAUUUCUAGCCUUGCAGAAAUUCUCGGUAAGCUAUUUUCAGACUUGUCACAAUUUAAGUCGACAUCACAAACAAAGCAAAAAAAAACGCAGUCCCUCAUUGUUGUGAUUUGUGAAUAAGAAAAUCGUGUGGAGAAAUUUCAAGGGAAUGUGUUGUGGCACAAAUAAACUUUGUAGAUGUACAAAAAUGCAAAGGGGAUUAGUACAGGUAGGACUACUCAAUUAAAUAACAUUUGAAAUUAAAUUUUUUCACUAAAAUAAAUAUUCAUUGUUCCACGGUCUUAUUGUGGACACUAAAGUGCCGUUUGAUUCACAAAAUGUAACGUAAAUGAUAACGGUAAUGCUUUACACUCGAUAUCAGCGGUAACAAGUUUGAAUAAGACAAUAUCAGUUUUGUAAACGGUUGGAUUUAACAAACAUGGUUGUGUGCAUGCAUGCGAGAGGGGGAGACGAGGGGCGAAACGAGGAUCCAAAAUUAGGGGGUUAAAUUAGAUUAAGGGGCUGUUAGAAGUGUUAGAAGCAUUUUUACAUUAUUUACAUGAGAAUUAGCUUAAAAACUAACAUGUCCUAUAGAAUUAAGCAUUAAAACCGCAUGAGUAAUAAAUAUAUAAUACAAAUACAAAAAAAAAACUGAGAAGAAAUGGCACAGAUCCGAAGUGGCAAAUUGUCUUCCUUCGCCUUCGCGCGCUCUUCUAUAAAUACCUCCCCUCUCACCAUUCCCUUGCCAUCAGACAAGAGACACACACACACCACACGCAGUCACGCACAGCCUCGGCCUCCGCAGCUGCAGGCGCCUGCUGCUCUUCGACAAGACCCCAAGAACUCGCCAACCUAACCUAGGUCAGCCACCCUUCCUUCUACCUUCUGCGACAAUGCAGGCCGCCGCCGCCUCCGUCAAGUCCUCCACCACCGCGGCCGCGGCCGCGGCCACCUGCAAGGCGGGCUUCAAGCCCCUGCACCUCCCUCCCCUCCCCGCCGCCGGCUCCAGGCCGCUGUCCCUCUCCGUCUCCGCGCGUCCGCUGUACCGCCAAGACCAUGUCCUCGCGACAACCGUGGCGAUGGCGGCGGCGGGCCGCAGCGACCGCGCCGCGUCCCCCGCGCCUCCGUCCGCCACAGCGGACGGCGCCCGGCCGGUGGUGGAGGUCGCCGCGCCGGCGGAGACCGCGCGCCGCGCCAAGAUCGGGGUGUACUUCGCCACGUGGUGGGCGCUGAACGUGAUCUUCAACAUCUACAACAAGAAGGUGCUGAACGCGUUCCCGUACCCGUGGCUCACGUCGACGCUGUCCCUCGCCGCCGGCUCCGCCAUCAUGCUCGCGUCCUGGGCCACCAGGAUCGCCGAGGCGCCCCAGACGGACCUCGACUUCUGGAAGGCGCUCACUCCCGUUGCGAUCGCGCACACGAUCGGGCACGUCGCGGCGACGGUGAGCAUGGCCAAGGUGGCCGUGUCGUUCACGCACAUCAUCAAGAGCGGGGAGCCGGCAUUCAGCGUGCUCGUCUCCAGGUUCUUCCUCGGCGAGCACUUCCCGGCGCCGGUCUACUUCUCCCUCCUCCCGAUCAUCGGUGGGUGCGCGCUCGCCGCCGUCACCGAGCUCAACUUCAACAUGGUUGGGUUCAUGGGGGCAAUGAUCUCGAACCUGGCGUUCGUCGUCCGGACCAUCUUCUCCAAGAAGGGGAUGAAGGGCAAGUCCGUGAGCGGGAUGAACUACUACGCCUGCCUCUCCAUCAUGUCGCUGGUGAUCCUCCUCCCCUUCGCCGUCGCCAUGGAGGGACCCAAGCUCUGGGCGGCGGGCUGGCAGCAAGCAGUCGCCGAGAUCGGCCCCAACUUCGUCUGGUGGGUGGCUGCGCAGAGCGUGUUCUACCACCUGUACAACCAGGUGUCGUACAUGUCGCUGGACGAGAUCUCGCCGCUCACGUUCUCCAUCGGCAACACCAUGAAGAGGAUCUCCGUCAUCGUCGCCUCCAUCAUCAUCUUCCAGACGCCCGUCCAGCCCAUCAACGCGCUCGGAGCCGCCAUCGCCAUCCUCGGAACCUUCAUCUACUCCCAGGCAAAGCAGUAACGCCUUGCAUUAAUUGGCGUCUAGAUGGCCUGCCCUCAUCAGUUCACCGCGGAUCAGCUCGGUGCUCGAAGAUGACAGCUUAUGACCUUUGAGAAUGUCUACUAAGAAUCGCCCUUUGUAUAAUACUACUAGAUCCUCUCUUUUUUGUAUUUUCUUUCCUAGGACUAGCUUCCAGUGUUACUGGGCUCAUUUCGUGGUGUUUCUAUUAUGACUAAGAUUAGAGAGAGAAUGAGAGAUGGAUCCAUCUAAAUAAAGGUUCCAGAUUUUUUUUCC